CAUUCCUUUAUUUCAGCCCUGUGUUUGACAAGAAUUCACCCGUUGUUCGAUUCUUGUUCUUCUCGAAGGUUGAUUCGGCGCGCUGCGAUAUCCAGAUAACGCGCGAUUGAUUGCGCUACUCCGAGCUGGCGGCGACUCUGCUCUUGAUACUCUCGCAGGCGCGAAACAACGGCUACACUCUUACCUGAGCUGUCGAAAGGGGUCAUUCUCGAAUCUACAAUCUGCGGCGCACUCGAAGGUGCAGCUUUGAUUAUUGCAUCGCUUCAAGGAGUACCUGGCACGCAUUGAAAGACAAGACCAAACCCCCCAACGAACCACCCGCAAACACAAUGGCUCCGGGGCGAGUAUCUCCAGACCCGGCAGUAGAGCCCACGACUCGCCAUGCCCUGGCCUCCAUCACAGCAGACUACGACGACACGAUCAGAUUCUAUCUCAACGGCUCUAAAGUCACGCUCGACAGCGCGGAUCCCGAGGUGACGCUGCUCGAAUAUCUUCGUGGAAUCGGUCUGACUGGGACGAAGCUGGGAUGCGCCGAAGGCGGUUGCGGUGCGUGUACUGUGGUGGUCUCGCAGUAUAAUCCGACCACGAAGAAGAUCUAUCACGCUUCUGUCAAUGCGUGUUUGGCGCCGCUGGUGUCCGUUGAUGGGAAGCAUGUUAUUACCGUCGAGGGGAUUGGGAAUGUCAAGUCUCCUCAUCCGGCUCAGGAGCGGAUUGCGAAGGGGAACGGGAGCCAGUGUGGAUUCUGCACGCCGGGCAUUGUUAUGAGUCUUUACGCCUUGCUCAGGAAUAAUGAACGGCCGAGCGAGCAUGAUAUUGAGGAGGCGUUCGAUGGCAAUCUGUGUCGGUGCACGGGGUACAGGCCUAUCCUCGACGCCGCGCAGACGUUCAGCGCCGAGCGCAGCUGCGGGAUGGCGAAAGCGAAUGGCGGGAGUGGAUGUUGUAUGGAGAAUGGCGACGCUGGCGGCGGGUGCUGCAAAUCCAAUGGCAACGAUGAUCAGCCCAUCAAGAGAUUCACCCCGCCCGGCUUCAUCGAGUACAAACCCGACACAGAACUCAUCUUCCCUCCGGCAUUGAAACGACACGAAUUCAAAGCGCUGGCGUUCGGCAACAAACGCAAACGCUGGUUCCGGCCGGCGACUUUGCACCAGCUCCUUGAGAUCAAGAGUGCGUACCCGUCCGCCAAAAUCAUCGGUGGCAGCACGGAAACGCAGAUCGAGGUCAAGUUCAAGGGCAUGCAGUACACGGCUUCGGUGUAUGUUGGCGAUAUCGCGGAGUUGAGACAGUACCACUUUCAUGAUGAGUAUCUCGAGAUUGGCGGCAAUGUCACUUUGACGGAUUUGGAGGGCUUGGCUGAGGAGGCUGUUGAGCAUUAUGGAGCUCAGCGUGGACAGCCGUUUGCGGCGAUCCUGAAGCAGAUCAGGUACUUUGCUGGCAGGCAGAUCCGGAAUGUUGGCACACCAGCCGGCAAUCUGGCAACAGCAUCGCCGAUUUCCGAUCUGAAUCCAGUUUUCGUGGCGACAAAUGCGACUUUGGUUGCGAAGUCGCUUGAGAAGACAAUCGAGCUACCAAUGGCCGACUUCUUCAAGGGUUACCGAGUUACCGCUCUUCCUCCAGAUGCCAUCAUUGCUAGCAUCCGAAUCCCUGUUUUCCAGGAGAAAGGCGAGCACAUGCGAGCGUACAAGCAGGCCAAGCGAAAGGAUGACGAUAUUGCGAUCGUAAACGCUGCUCUGAGAGUCAAGCUUGACGACAGUCAUGUUGUCAAGGACUGCAGCUUGAUCUACGGUGGCAUGGCUCCCAUUACCAUCGCUGCGAAACAAGCCGUCGAAUAUCUGACUGGCAAGACGUUCACCGAUCCCAGCACACUCGAGGGGGUGAUGAACGCUCUUGAGCAGGAUUUCAACCUUCGCUUCGGAGUUCCUGGCGGCAUGGCCACUUACAGGAAGUCGCUCGCUCUUGGCUUCUUCUACAAAUUCUAUAACGAGGUUCUGCAAGAGUUACAAACAUCCUCAUCUACGGCUGACGCAGACUGCAUCCCCGAGAUCGAGCGGGAAAUUUCAAAGGGCUUCAAAGACCAUGCCUCUGCUGUCGCUUACGAGAAACAGACGAUUGGCAAAGAACGGCCGCACGUGGCUGCUCUCAAGCAAUGUGUUGGCUCGGCGCAGUACACCGACGAUAUUCCUGUGCAGCAGAACGAGCUCUUGGCGUGUCUAGUGUUGAGCACCAAAGCUCACGCUAGGAUCUUAUCUGUUGAUACUUCGCCUGCCCUUGAUCUGCCGGGUGUGGUGGAUUACGUCGACCACAAUGACCUGCCCAACCCAGAGGCGAACUGGUGGGGAGCACCGAAAUGCGACGAAACUUUCUUCGCCAUUGACGAAGUCUUUACCGCCGGUCAACCCAUUGGCGUCAUUUUGGGGACAUCAGCUAAGCAAGCGGAAGCCGGUGCUCGGGCGGUGAAAGUCGAAUACGAAGAGCUGCCUGCUAUCUUCACGAUUGAAGAGGCAAUCGAGGCGAACAGCUAUUUCGACCAUUAUCACUACAUCAACGACGGCGAUCUCGACAAGGCCUUUGCCGAAUCGGAUCACGUGUUCACGGGUGUUGCGCGCAUGGGCGGACAAGAGCACUUCUACCUCGAGACCAACGCAUGCGUCGUUAUUCCGAAGCCAGAAGAUGGCGAGAUGGAAGUUUGGACGUCGACGCAGAAUCCCGCGGAGACGCAGGCGUACGUUGCCCAAGUCACCGGCGUCGCGGCGAAUAAAGUUGUUGCAAAGGUGAAGAGGUUGGGUGGUGGAUUUGGAGGCAAAGAGACUAGAUCCGUGCAACUCGCUGGGAUCUGCGCGAUCGCAGCAAAGAAGUUGAAGAGGCCGGUGCGAUGCAUGUUGAAUCGCGACGAAGACAUUCUGACGUCUGGUCAACGACAUCCUUUCCUCGCCAGGUGGAAAGUCGGCGUCAACAAGGACGGAAAGUUGCAAGCGUUGGACGCCGAUGUCUUCAACAACGGUGGCUGGUCGCAAGAUCUGAGUGCUGCGGUCGUUGAUCGUGCACUGAGCCACGCCGACGGCUGCUACAAGUUCAAAGCCGUGUCAGUUCGCGGGCGUAUCUGCAAGACGAACACGGUCUCCAACACCGCCUUCCGCGGCUUUGGCGGACCUCAAGGCAUCUUCGUUUGCGAAUCCAUGAUGGAAGAAGUUGCGGAUCACCUCAAGAUGCCGGUGGAGAAGCUGCGAGAAAUCAAUAUGUACGAGUCGCUGGAGAAGACGCACUUCCGCCAGGAACUGAAGGACUGGUAUGUUCCGUUAAUGUGGAAGCAAGUCCUGGCCGACUCGGAGUACCAGCGACGAAGGGGGGAGAUUGAAGAGUUCAACAAGAAGAGCAAGUGGAAGAAGCGCGGGCUCUCUAUCGUCCCGACGAAAUUCGGCAUCUCCUUCACCGCUCUGUUCUUAAAUCAGGCCGGCGCUCUGGUGCACAUCUACCACGACGGCAGCGUUCUCGUCGCGCACGGCGGUUGCGAAAUGGGGCAAGGACUGCAUACGAAAAUGACGAUGCUUGCCGCUGAAGCGCUGGGCGUGCCGUUGGAGAACGUGUUCGUUUCGGAGACGGCGACGAAUACGGUUGCUAAUACGUCUGCGACUGCGGCAUCUGCUUCGUCCGAUUUGAAUGGGUAUGCGGUUUGGAAUGCUUGCUCGCAGCUGAAUGAGCGCUUGGCGCCGUACAGGGAAAAGCUGGGGUCGGAGGCUACGAUGAAGCAGUUGGCGCAUGCGGCGUAUUUUGACCGAGUGAAUUUGUCGGCGAAUGGAUUUUACAAGACGCCAGAUAUUGGCUAUGUUUGGGGUCCGAAUACGGGGCAGAUGUUCUACUACUUCACCCAGGGCGUUGCUGCCGCGGAGGUGGAGGUAGACACUCUGACGGGCGAUUGGACGUGCCGACGGGCUGAUGUGAAGAUGGAUGUCGGACGGUCUAUCAACCCUGCGAUAGACUACGGCCAAAUCGAAGGCGCCUUCGUCCAAGGCAUGGGCCUCUUCACAAUCGAAGAAUCCCUCUGGCUGCGACACAACGGCCAAAUCUUCACGCGCGGCCCCGGCGCCUACAAAAUCCCGGGCUUCCGCGACAUCCCGCAAGAAUUCAACGUCAGCCUGCUCAAAGACGUCAACUGGGAGAACCUGCGCACCAUCCAGCGCUCGCGCGGCGUCGGCGAGCCGCCUUUGUUCUUGGGGUCGAGUGUGUUUUUCGCGAUUCGCGAUGCGCUUAAGGCGGCUAGGUCGCAGUGGGGGUGUGAGGAUGUUUUGGAGUUGAGGAGUCCGGCUACGGUGGAGCGGAUUCGGGUAAGUUGUGCGGAUCCUAUUUUGAAGAGGGCGGAGGUCAAGGCUGCGGACGGGGAGAAGAGUUUCUUCAUUAGUAUUUGAGGGCGUCUGUGUGUACGCGUGGUUGUUGUACAUGCUUUCAUGAAACCGGGUUGCGGGAAGAUCUCGGGUUUGACAAGCAUUACAUCUGUAGCCAAGAGUUUGACAGGCGGGGACUUGUUCUAUUCUCCGAUUGCUUCACGGCGAUGAUGGAAGGGAUGUAGAAAGCAAGUCAUUGACUGCGAAGCAGUCGCUAGCUGUGCUGAUGUAGUAGACAUCACUACACCACGACUACCGCGUACCCGGUACAUGUAGAUAAGAUGGGACAUACGAAGAGGUUGUGGUUGUGGUUGUGGUGAUCUGCCCGCGGACCCUGCAUGGAUUUGAAAGGGG